GUAUGUAAUCAAACACCUUGUACAAAAGUGGGGAUACGAAGCCAAAAACUUGCUAGUCGAUGAAACAUGGGAUGAUUUCGCAGCUGUGGCAUGGCAUGAUACACCUGUGUUUUAUGACCCGGCUUACAUAUUCCCCCAGCACAACAAUGGCAAAGACUUCAAUGGUUAUAACUACGAAACACCGCCUUAUGGAGCUGGAAGUGGUUCUUCAAAUCACUACAAUGACGAUCCCUAUCAGUUCACCAAAACCUCAACAACUGAAGGUCCCACAUAUUUGCUGUACACGUCAGCAGGUCAGCGUCUAAAUUUUAACAAAAAUCAAAUGUCUUCAUUUGCCAGUAGUAGCAGCAGCAGUAAUACAAAAACCACACCUAACAAUCCCACGCUGUGGCUAAAGCGGAUAGUACGUGAUAUUAGUAAGAAGGCCGCUGCAAACCAAACGGAAAGUCCUCUAAUUAUCGAUACCAUCGAUGGUAAAGACGCUUCGGCACAUCACGUAUCUAGUCGUGAUGUAUCACUCAAUAUGGAUCUCUUGGAUAUUGUGGGUGUCGAUAAAGGUAGUAAAUCUCGCGUCAAAAGACAAAGUCCUGGUCGGAUGUCGCUAUGUCCGACCACAUCACGUUUCAUAACUCCACAAGCAGCAUUAAACAGUAAAGGUAACUGGAUGUUUGUGGUCAACGAAGCCAGCACAGCUCGACAAAUGGUUAAAGCAGAGUUAUGCGCUUCAAAUACCUGCUCCAAUCUUUGCCAAUUGCCAAACGGUUAUAAUUCCAGAUGCGAACAAAAAUUUGUACAAAAACGCCUGAUUGCCCUGCAAGGAAAUGGACAAAACUUGUACACAGACAAUUUUUGGUUCCCCAGUUGUUGUGUCUGUACUAUAGCCGCUAAUUAGUACCAAUCUAUUUAAAAAGAAAACAACACAAUUU